AUGAGUGAUAGUUUAAAUAGUGAAUAUGUACACAACAUAACAUCAAAUUAUGCAACUAAGUUAAAAAUAGCACAUCUUAAUGCUCAAUCUCUAUGUGAUGUGGCACACCAGACAGAAUUUCUAGAAAUUUUUUCCAACAGUGGCCUUGAUAUAAUUACAGUCUCUGAAACCUGGUUUAAAAACAAAAGUCAUUUUAUUUUGCCUGGAUACAACAUGUACAAUGUGAGCAGUAAAGACAGAAAUGGUGGAGGAGUGGCUGUAUUCAUUAAAAGUGAAUAUAAAGCAAAAAUAUUAGAAGUCUCAAAUGGUGAAUUUGACAAGCCUGAAUUCAUUUUUCUUGACAUAUUGAUUGGCUCAGUUAAAGUGCUGUUUGCUGGGAUCUACAGAAGGCCAAAAGCAGGGCAUAUGGAUCUUUUUAUGGAUGUUUUCUACAAGUAUGUCACAGAUUACAAAUACACUUUUGUCUGUGGUGAUAUUAAUGCUGGGUUUGGCCGUGGUGGCGAUGACACUAAAAUGAUAACUGAGGUUAUUAGAUUGUGUGAUCUAGACUGUGUUCCAUUUCAAUCAACUUUUCAUACUGCCUAUUGUGAUUCUAACUUAGAUAUAAUUGCCUCAAAUUGUCCUGACCAUCUAUUGUCAUAUGGACAAACUCCUGCACCUGGCUUCUCUUGUCAUGAUCUAAUAUAUGCCAUUUAUGAUCUAACCAUUCCUCGCUCUAAAAAACAAGCAAUUAGCUAUAUAAACUUCUCUAAUAUUGUUGUCUGUGACUUGUUACAAGAUAUGUGUAGUGCACCAUGGCACGAGAUGUAUAACCAGAACAAUAUGGAUUGCAAAUUAGAUUGUUUUAACAAUAUCAUCACAGACCUAAUGGAUAAGCAUGCCCCAUAUAUCACCAAGAGUUAUAAUCAACAGUCUGCUCCUUGGAUGACUCAAGCUAUUAAAGCACUUAUAAAGAAAAGGGACAAACUAAGAAAGAAAUGGCAUAGAGCCAAAAACCAGACUGACUUUGAAAAUUUCAAGAACAUCAGAAACAAUGUCAAGCAAAGUAUCAGAAGUGCCAAGGUGAGGACCCUUCAACUGGGCAAAGGUAAAUCAAUGAGAACAGAACCUGUAAUACCAGUAAAUGAUUCAAACUCUCAUUAUUCUUCGGUUGCCUCUGUAAAUGAUGCUGUGGUAGUAUCAGGUUGUACUGAAGACUAUACAAAUAGAGACAGGCUCACCUCUGAUAGUGCUGAGAAGUUUCAUUUUAAAUAUGUUCUGCCUGAGGACAUAGUUAGUGCUAUAAAUUCUAUUAAAUCGAAAGCAAUGGGCAUUGACCUCAUACCUGUAAACUUUAUCAAAAUGUGUCUACCUGCCUUGUUACCAGUGCUUGAUCAUCUGUUCAACUACAGUCUUCAAAAUGGUAUUUUUCCAAACAUGUGGAAGUUAGCUAAUAUAAUCCCUGUUCCAAAGUGUUUGGCCUGGAUACUGGACUUUAGAUUUCCAGUUGCUGAGGAGAUGAUGUACCGACUCUCCGUUGACAAAACAAGAAAUUAUCACGGUUUGAAAGGCAGCAUAGAAGAAAUAUGGAAUGUACAAUGUACAGCAAACCAUGUUAUUUUGGUGUGGAAACAAGAGGAGAAAAAGUGUUUGGCCUGGACACUGGACAUCAGAUUUCCAGUUGCUGAGGGGAACAUGUACUGA